GAUUGGCUGCCACAAUUGUUCCAUCCUUCCGUAAACUGUUUUGCUCCCCUGCUCCACCGUGCGCCACCGUACUGCCUCUCUUAUCCUUGCACUUUUCUGCAUCCCCAUCGUCUACACUCGAACCUCUUUUCUGUCACUUCUCUUCAAUGGCGUCUAUAUCUCCCCCAACCUUCCCUUCCUCCACUCGCAACUUCGAUCCAACUCUCCACAAACACACGUACGCAACCCCUAAAUUCAACACCACCUCUCAUUUGAACCACCGAUCAACCAAUUCGUCGACUCUCUUCGCGCAAUCUCUCUCCAUCGGUUUUCAUUCUAAGAGCAUCUGUCGCUGCCAAAAAAAUAACGAUGAAGGCAACACCAGAGAUAACGAAAGCCCUCGCCGUUGGGACUCGGCGUUUCACGACUACUUUAAAAAUGUGAUUAAGUGGUUCGAUGAUUACAUGGAUGGCUAUCAUAUUAAUCAACCGGAAAACGACAAAGGGCAAACGGAUGAUUCUGGUGGUGGUGCUGUGAUCGUUGGAGAUGGAGGUAGUGAUGAAGAUUGGGAUUGGGAACGGUGGAAGAAGCAUUUCAGUGAGGUGGAUAAGCAGGAGAUUAUCGUUUCUAUCUUGGAGAAUCAACUACACCUUGCUGUUGUUAAAGAGGACUACGAAGAAGCUGCUAGGAUUAAAGUGGCAAUUGCAGCAGCUGCAACUAAUGACACUGUUGGCAGAGUGAUGUCUCAGCUGAAUAAAGCCAUAAAGGAAGAACGUUUCAAGGAUGCAGCCUUUGUACGAGAUCAUGCUAGUGCAGGUUUGGUAGGGUGGUGGGCUGGAUUUUCAGAUGAUAGCCAAGAUCCAUAUGGUCGUAUUAUCCAGAUAAGUGCAGAAUAUGGAAGAUACCUUGCAAGAAGUUAUACUCCCAGGCAGCUUGCUGAGGCUGCAGAUGGUGUCCCUUUGUUUGAGGUUUUUAUCACAAUGAAUGAGAAAGGAGAAUACAAACAUCAGACUGUAUACUUGAAACAAAGUGAGAAUUCUAGAAACUUUUCAAUCGAUUCCGCCACAUCAUCAAGUCUUAUCAAUGCUUUGAAUUCCCUGGACUCCAUGGAUGAGGAAACUGAUCUAUCUGCAAAUGACAAUGAAGACACGAAUGCUGGUUUUGAGAGUAUUUUAAGAGAUAUAAUUCCUGGUGCAAAAGAUGUGAAAAUUAAGGUGAUGAAUCUCACACCACUUGGAAAAAUAGACAUGAGUUUAAUCUCAAAGGUGGUUGAACAAAUAAUGGAGGAAGAAGAUGAAGAAGAAGAAAGAGAGAGUGAUACAGAGUUGGAUAGUGAUACAGAGCAAUAUGAGAUUGAUUUUGAUGUUGGGAAUACAAUAGUUGAUAAUGAAGACAAAGAGAAUCCACAAGAUUCUUUAGGCAAUAAUGGUGGAAUUGAAGGUAGUAAAAGUCAGAGCACAGACAAUGUUAUUCUUGAUCUUGCAAGGUCUAUUGUAAGAGGGGAGAUGCCCAUGAAGGUGCUUGACAAUGUGGAUGAGUUGAUAAAUCUCACCAUUAAUCAGGGGCAAAAUUGUCAAUCUUUAUCUGGAUCUACAACAUUCAACCGAAUUGAGCUUCCGUUAACUGGAGACCCUUUAAAUGGACUUUAUGUUGGACAUGGGAAUUACACUUCUGAAAUCAUUCAAUUAAAGCGUAAAUUUGGUCAGUGGAAAGAAGAUGGAAACAAGGAGUUUACAAAUCUUGAGUUUUAUGAGUAUGUAGAAGCAGUAAAAAUCACAGGGGACCCACAGGUGCCAGCUGGACAGGUUGCAUUCCGUGCAAAAGUUGGAACAAAAUAUCAGCUUCCUCAUAGAGGGAUCAUUCCAGAAGAAUUUGGAGUGAUUGCUCGAUAUCAAGGACAAGGGAGGCUUGCAGAGGCAGGAUUUCAAAAUCCUAGAUGGGUCGAUGGCGAACUUGUAAUUCUUGAUGGAAAGCACAUUAAUGGAGGUCCAGUUGUUGGAUUUGUAUAUCGGUCACCUGAGAACCAUUUUUGGCUCUUCUUUAAUCAGUUAAGGCUCCAGGAAUAGAUGCUUUUUUGUACAUCAACAGCAAAUCUCUCUCUUCACUCUUCUACCUAAUUAGGCUUUUUGUAAGUAACCUCUUCACCAGUGAUAGAAAAUGUAUCCAUAGUAUUAUUUUAGAAAUUCACAUGAUAAGAAAUAGCACAUCAUGGGUUUCUAGAGACAAACUUUUAACAUAUUAAUAUAUCCAUUACUAUUUUUGCUUUUUUA